AUGGGGGAUCGUUCCUCGAUGAGACCAUCUUUUGGUGCAAGCGUGGCAGCUGCCCGACACCGAUCAGCAAUCGUAGCUGUCGUGCUCUCCGCUCUUGCAGUUCUUUCUCGUGAGAGCGCUCUGCGACGAUGCUUGAUCGAAGGGAUCAUCCUCGGAUUGCGUGGCACAGCGCCGAUGGCCAUGUUCAUCGUGUUCCGAAACAUUUGGAUGAACAUCAGCCCUCGCCACUUUCACCCGCGCAUCCUUCUGAAGUACGGGCUGAUCUCUUGGAGCCUAGCCGAGACCGUGUUUUUCUUCUACAUCUGGCAAUGCACCCGCUUUCUGAACACGCAGACGACGCGCCGAUGGCGGGCGGUAAACGUCCACAGCACAGAAGAGAAGCGGAGGGCUUCGAUGGAGCGGUAUCUCCAGAUGCUAGCGCAGGUCUGCCGAGGAGGUGGCAGCGGCAACGCAAGCAACGGGGAUGCGCCGGCGCCUAAUGCUUCCCUUCGCAGGGGACUGCUGGACCGAGCUGACAAGGCGUGCCCGGUUUGUGUUUACGAUAGGAUUUAUCAGGAUGAGCCUCAUGUUCUCAAUGAUACGCGUUCCAAAAGUUAA